AGACCACUUCGAUGACACUCAAGCUCACAUACUUUGACAUUCGUGGGCUCGCGGAGCCCAUUCGGCUCUUGCUCAAUGACCAGGAAAUCCCAUUUGAAGAUAACCGUAUCAGCCGAGAAGAGUGGGCCGAAAUGAAGUCAACCAUGAUUUUCGCUCAAUUGCCGUGUCUUCAUAUCGGAACUGAAACGAUUGUCCAGUCAGCAGCGAUUCUUCGUCAUCUUGGACGGAUUUAUGGACUCAAUGGCUCCACUGAAUCAGAGACCUCAUUCAUCGAUAUGUUCUCCGAAGGGCUCCGCGAUCUACGCACCAAAUAUUUCACAAUGAUCAAGACAGACUACGAAGAUGGCAAAGAAGCAUACAUAACUGAAACUCUUCCCGGGGAGCUACUACGAAUUGAGAAGUUGUUCUGCACAUUUAACAACGGCGAAAACUUUGUGUCCGGGGACAAGCUGAGCUAUGCAGAUUAUGCUCUAUUCGAGCUUCUCGAUAUUCACCUCAUCCUCACACCAACUGCUCUAAAUGGCACCCCAGCACUGAAAAGAUUUCAUGGACGAUUUGCAGAGCGGCCCAAUAUGAGACUGUAUUUGAAUAAACGGGCCGAACUAAAUCCAUUCGUCAGUGGAAAUGGGAAACAAUAAAACUUUCGGAUUUUUUUGUGUUAAAUUAAUUUUGCAAUACUAAUAAAACUUGUUUCAAAUAA